AUGGCAACCGAGCAAGCAGCUGUGUCGCCGCAGCCAGUGGUCCAGCCCUGUCGCUACAAAGUCGGAAAGACGCUCGGCGCUGGCUCGUACUCGACGGUCAAGGAAUGCGUCCACAUCGACACCGGCCGAUACUAUGCCGCCAAGGUCAUCAACAAGCGCCUCAUGGCUGGGCGAGAGCACAUGGUGCGAAACGAGAUUGCCGUGCUGAAAAAGGUUUCGAUGGGCCACCAGAACAUCCUCACGCUGGUCGACUACUUUGAGACGAUGAACAACCUCUACCUGGUGACGGACCUCGCGCUGGGCGGCGAGCUCUUUGACCGCAUCUGCCGCAAGGGGUCGUACUUUGAGUCCGACGCCGCCGACCUCAUCCGCGCGACGCUGUCGGCCGUCGCCUACCUUCACGACCACGGCAUCGUGCACCGCGACCUCAAGCCCGAGAACCUGCUGUUCCGCACGCCCGAGGACAAUGCCGACCUGCUCAUCGCCGACUUUGGCCUCUCGCGCAUCAUGGACGAGAGCCAGUUCCACGUGCUCACCACGACGUGCGGCACGCCCGGCUACAUGGCACCGGAAAUCUUCAAGAAGACCGGCCACGGCAAGCCCGUCGACCUGUGGGCCCUCGGCGUCAUCACCUACUUUCUGCUCUGCGGCUACACGCCCUUUGACCGCGACACCGAUUUUGAGGAGAUGCAGGCCAUCCUCAAGGCCGACUACUCCUUCACGCCCGUCGAGUACUGGCGCGGCGUCUCCUCGCACGCCAAGGAGUUCAUCAAGCGCUGCCUCACCAUCGACCCCUCGAAGCGCAUCACCGCCCACGAGGCCCUCCAGCACCCCUUCGUCACCGCCGACGCGCCCACCGACGGCGCCGGCGAGAACCUCCUGCCCACCAUCAAGAAGAACUUCAACGCGCGCCGCACGCUGCACGCCGCGAUUGACACGGUCCGCGCGAUCAACAAGCUGCGCGAGGCGCAGAAUCUCAUGAUGGACGGCGCGCGCUCGAAGGAGCCCUCGCGCGACACGCAGACGCCCACGCCGGCGAAUCCCACCGGCGCCGCAGCCGUCCCGCCCACGACGACCAAGCAGGAAGACAGCGGCUUCGCCAUGGGUCCGCCGCCACCACCGAAGCCAGCCGCGCCCACCUUGCGCGAGACAAAAGACAGCGGCUACUCGACACAGCCCGAGGGCGGCGGAACCCCCCCGGGGCCGGCGGCGGCAAAGGCGGGCAGCAGCAGCAGCGGCGGCGACGGCGACGGCGACGUGGCCAUGGGGGGCACGACGCCGCGGAGCGGCUUCCCCGCCGCGCUGCAGCCGGGCAACAUCGCCAACAAGGUGAUUCAGACGAGCAAGGGGCUCUGGGGCGGGUCACCGGUGCGAGAUUAA